AUGGUGGUGCCACCAACCCCUCUUCACACUACCCGAGUCCUGCAAGAAGACAAAGACCACUGGGAUGAAGUGAAGGAGGAAAUGACUAGCGCUUUGGCAACCAUGAGAGUAGACUAUGAUCAGGUAAAAAUUAAAGAUUUGAAAAUAUCCAACAAUCGACUCCUCAACAAACGGCGUAAGAAACAAAAACAAGGAGGCAGCUCAACUGCAUCAGCUGGCUGCAACAACCAAUAAAGAUGAGAGAAAUAAAAUGAAAUUAUGAAUUGAACUGAAAUAAUCUCACGCACAACUGAAACACAAAAAAGUGUGUGAUAAGAACUUUUUAUUUCAACGCACUGGGGU